AUGGGUUCGUCCAUUCUACUUGUUGCACGUGAUGACUCAAUCGACAGAGAAGUGUGGAACAUUUCUGAGUUGUGCUGCUAUGGCUGCAACAUUGUGUUCCAACUUAUAGACGAUCGUGCAUCCUCUGGAGUGCAAUGUGUUUAUCAUGUCAAUCAGGAUAGGACAUGUCCAGAAGCGAUCAUCAAAAGGGUCAUCAAUACUAUCUUUAAAAUAUACGCCAAUGACCUUUUGUUGCAG